AAUAUAUUCCAUUUUUAAAGUCAGAAGCAACAAUGGGUCAUAAUGAGUUAACUGACCCACUUUCCACUCUUAUUAACAGCUCCUCCUUUUUCUCCUUCUUCUGCAUUAUCUGUCAAUGGAAGCUUUGAUCUUCAAGAUCAGGCUUCUUCUUCUUGCUUGGUUCCAUUUCAGAUCUCAUUCAGGUCCAAUAUCCUUGGUGAAACAUUUUUCUUAUAAAGAUAUAAAGAAAGCAACUGAUGGUUUUAGGAGAGUUGUUUAUAUCUCUUCCAAAAGAGUUGCUUACAGAGCCAAAUUUCGAAAUGGCCAUGCUGCGAUAGUAAAAGAAGUCCGAGCUGCUGAAGAUCAGGAUGAUACUGCCUUCUAUAGGGAGGUACAGUUACUCGGUCGUUUACAUCAUCGGCAUAUUGCUGCACUUAGUGGGUUCUCUAGUGGCCCUAAGAGGUUUCUAGUCUUUGAAGAUAUGGAAAAAGGAAGUCUGAAGGAACACCUCUCUGAUCCUCUGAAGACUCCAUUGAACUGGAGAAUACGGUUGCAGAUCGCCGUUGGCAUUGCUGCUGCUGUGGAAUAUCUCCAUUUCUUUUGUGAUCCACCUAUGUACCACGUUUCAAUCAGUUCAAGUACCAUCAUGCUGGACGAGAACUUUACAGCUAAACUCUGUGAUGUUAGCCUUCUUUGUUCAAUUGAGAACAACAUUCAACCGCCAAAAUCUAAAUGCUCCAAAGAAUGUAGAGAUGAGAUUUGCAAACAUACAAUCUACCAGCUUGGUUUGUUGAUUCUUGAGUUAGUCACGGGUCAAUCCUCGGAGGACGGAGGUGUUGACUUAGUUCAGUGGGUCCAAGAUUCUCGUCUCCGGAGAAGGUCCAUUCACCAGAUGAUAGAUCCAGAUCUAGGGGACAGCUAUGAUUUUAGAGAGCUCAAAGGUCUUUUGGCAGUUGCAAAGAUGUGUGUCCAAUCCAUUCACAAGCCAACAAUAAAGACCCCUCAAAUUUUGUGGUUUCUACAAAAGAAACUGGGCAUUAGCCAAGGAGUUCCUGCCUCCAGUAGCUGAAAAACCUGGACGAAUUCCCUCAUUUUUAUUUGAGCAAUUUGUUAAAAUUAGCAUUAUACAUCAUUGCUUCUGUAAGUACACACAAAAGAUUUUUCUGUAAUUAGUCUUGGGGAUUAUCUAGAAUUCAUUAGUCCCGUAAGCACUCUUUAGCACCUUCAGUUGCAUGUAAGCCUAUAUUUUCAGUUUGUAGAAGCAGAAACAAGACACAUUGUGCACACCUUGUGCAAAAUCAGAUGUGAGUUUAUUUCUUUUUCCCU